AAUGGCGCAACGGUCGCUCGAAUUCCAAGAUGGAGGCGGUCGGUACGGAAAGUGUGAGAACUCAACAACAAAAACUGGUGGCGAAAUGUCUGGAAAGGUUAAUUAAAUGUCGAGGAGAUCCCGAAAGGUUUAAAAGCCAAGUUAAUGAUGUUUUCGACCAAUUAAACGCCUUAGAAUUUAACAUAAAGUUCCUUGAAGAGAAAGAUGUUACCGAGCUGCUGAAUCUCAGUAUGGAUGUUCUACCGCAAAACAAUGAUCAUCUUUUAUCAAAGUGGUGCCAUUUAGUAACUAAUUUGAUAUCUAGACAGCAGAUCGUGUUACAGACCGGUACUCUACUUCACAUAACACAGUUUAUUGUUAGAAAAGUCGAGAAUUCGGGCGUCUGGGCUCUUCCGGAUCUCCUGACCGUCCUCUCUGUUUUACUUCAAGAUAACGGUGCUUCGGUAGAAAAGUUUUGGGAAAAAUUUGUUGGGAAAGACGGAAUGUUGUUGAAGUUUUCCGCACCAAAUUAUCCCGACAUGGAAAUAAAUCAUAUUUCCAUGAAGUGCAUGCAGAAUUUAUUAGCAAGGAAACAGAACGAAGUGUACCUUAACGAAGACUUAUUACUUAACUGUUAUUCGGCCUUACUCGCCUCUCUGAAAGCUUACGUGUCUUGUGCUGUCGACGAUAUCAGCAACUGUAAGGUAAUCGUGACUGUUCUGAAAGCACUUCAAAAUCUGUUGUUGGGAUGGAAGACGAUACCUAUCGGACAGCUAGGAUGUCUCUUGGGAUUGUUAAAGUUUUACCUCUUCCACGGCCAACCGGGUCAAGGAUCUCUAACGUCGGUCUGCCUGUAUCCGUCCGUGGGAAGUCAAUUUGCCUCGACCGUACAACAAGACAAUGAAACUUCUUUUCCGAAGUUGAUGUCUCAAAAAAAGAGGAAUCGUCGGAGGAGUAAAACGGGAAAGGGCAAAAAUAAAAAGAAGGAGCAGCAGGGAGAAGACGACGAGUUGUCUGAAGGUGCGGCCUCAGAUUCCGGUUACAACUCCUCGAGGCACUCACAGUCUCAGAUCAAUUCGACAUGGAACUGUCACUCUACUCCUCCCUGGUUGACCAGUGGUUCGGAUUCGGAAUAUUCCGAUACUGAGAUAAACCAGUUGGCCAGGAUCCGUUCCGCGCAAUCCUCGGUCCGUCAGCAUGCUUUCGUGGGACUGCAAGCCGUUGUAAGGGUGACAGAUAAGAAAACCAUGUUCGGUUAUUGGUUAUCGUUCCUUCCUGACAGUCCCUCAGCAAGCAUCCCCCAACCGCAGACCAUCCUGCUUUCGAUUUUAAAAGAUCCAUCUCCGCAGGUACGAGCAGCUGCGAUUUCGGUGCUGACAGACUUGUUGGAAGGCUCUAAACAAUUUCUGAUGGUGGCGGACGAAAGUGUAGUCGUGAGGACGGCUUUCAUUCCCCUGUCCACAACACUCGGAGUUCUGGUGAGAGAGCUUCACAGGUGCCUUCUCUUGGCUCUUCUGGCAGAGAAUUCAUCAUUUAUACUAAUUCAGCUGUUAAAAUGUUAUGCAACUCUUAUUAACAAUGUUCCCUAUCAUCGCUUUCGUUCGGAUCUUCUAAUUCGUCUGCUAAAGCAUCUCUAUCCACUUCUUCACCAUAAAGAUUCACAAGUGCAAGUUGCGUGUCUUUCUGUCCUCGGAUCCAUUGUUUGUGUUCAACCUGCUCCUGUGGACAUUUCCACUCUGCUGAAAAGCUCUGUUGUGGGUUUUGAAAGUGGCAGAGAACCCUUGGAACCAAAAACAGCAGACGUGACACCAUACAGCAACGUACCCUGGUUGAUCCAACAUUGCCAAGAUAACAUUUUGAAAAAAGACGUUCCCCUUCCCGUACAAUUGGAAUCACUUCAACUGUUAGGACUUUUCAUGAAAGUUUACUUCGAUGUCAUGAGAUACCAUUUACCUUGUAUCGAAGAAGUGAUAACUCUAUGUUUAGAAGAUACGAAUUCAUUUCUACAACUCCAUGGCGCUAAGUUGUUGGAGUCGACAGGCGUAAGCAUGUGCAAUGCGUGUCAGAACACAUCUAAUGAUUCCACCCAGCUCUCGACAAACAUAUUACAAGAUGUUUCGCAGUUCUGGAAAAAGUUACUCGACGGCCCAUUGCCAAAGUGCCUACAAAACGACAAUCACAACACAUUGAGGAGCAUAUGCUGCAACUGUCUUUCGACCGUCACGGCCAACGUGUUUGAGAGCUUUCCGAAAAACACUCAAAUCUUCUGUUUGACUGUGAUGCUGGGUUUGGCCAGAGAAAGCGAUCCUAAUGUAAAAGGAGCGGCGAUUCGAUGUCUCGGCAUCUAUGCCUUAUUUCCGUGCCUUAGAGAAGAUGCAUCGUUUCUGUUGGAUGCUGGGGAAAUAAUUGUGGAAGCGAUAAAUGACGGCCAUUUUGGAGUUCGUUCAAAAGCUUCCUGGUCUUUGGGAAAUUUAAGCAAUGCGUUGCUGUUGAGUAAGGAAGAACAUUUGGAGUUUUCUUUGGAAGUUCCAGAUAUAUUUGUUUAUUCACUCGGAAUGGCAGCCAUUGUGGCCUCGAAGGAUCGCGACAAUGUACCCGCCAAUGCUGUAAGAACACUGGGAAAUUUGUUGUUUUAUUUAUCUGAAGAUGCACUAAGAAAAGAACAGAUAAAAAGUAUGAUUUUGGACGCAGUGUCGGCACUCUUAAAAAAUCUCAAGACCAGAUUUGUCAAAGUACGCUGGAAUUCCUGUUACGCACUCGGGAAAGUCCUGCAGAAUUCGACGCUACUCGAAGCGGGCAUUCUACCAAUGGACGACAUAUUUGUCGCACUCUUGUCGACCCUAAGCGAAGGCACAAACUUCAAAGUGUGCAUCAAUGCAGCUUCAUCACUGUCGAGCAUUUCAAAGAGAGAAUACUACGGCAGGUAUCUAGUCAACGUAUGGCAUCAGCUUGUAAUGUCGUUAUCGAAUAGCCGCGACGACAUCGACUUCAGAGAAUUAAAACAUCAAACAAAUUUAUGCAAUCAGUUGUGCAAGAGUUUAUGCCACCUCACAACCCUGUUACAACCAGAAGACUUGGCUGAUGUGGCUGAAAUGACCCUCCUGCUAAAAGAUUCACUGCUUACAUCCAUGAAUAAGUUUCUCAUCGAUCCUGCCAACGAUGAAAUUAGACAGAGGGCGGAAAAACACUUAGACAAAUUAUCGUCUCUACCAGCAAAGAGUACUGCCCGAGAAGUACUGUAUGUCCUGCAGAAAUCUCUUCACGUAGAAGACGACCUAACCGCUCCCUCGUAAUAAACGUCCCGUGCAUCACGACACGACUGCAUACACGCAUUUCGUAUAACUAUAUUUUUGAUACAUUUAUAUGGUUAAUUUGUUGCAACUCACUUAUUUGAUUUGACCAAAUCAAGAUUGUAAAUGUUUUACCACCCCAAUUCUUAUAUUAUGUAUCUACAAUGUUGAUUUUUUACUGUAUCUGUUAUGUGCACACCAUAAUAAAUUGUUUGGUUAUCUGUUUACAAGUGUUCUUUAUAGAUGCAAGCAUAACCUAAGUGCAGUUACGCGCAACUUGGAACAAGUAUUCUGUGCAUAAAAUGACAAGAGAUGCAACAUAAUCGAACAUUGUGUUUUCAUCAGGGCUGUGAAGUCGUGUAAAAAUCUAUCGACUCCAACUCCGACUCUUCCUUACCAUCCGACUCCGACUCCGGCUAAAACACCAAAACUCCACGACUCUGACUCCAACUCCAACUCCGACUCUACAGCCCUGGUUUUCAUAACAGAGUUCAACUGUGGGAAAAUUUUAUGCUGUAAUCAUAAAUGCAUUGAGUUAUGAUACUAAUAACAAUUAGUAAAUACUGGUUAACUUUAAAUAAACUACCAUCCAAAAACCAAAUAAAAUGGUAAAAACUCGCAUUAGCAACCGUUUUCCUCCAUAUUAAAUAAUCAUCUUCAGGCUGUUAAACAUUCUAAAUUUGAAUGCCUCGUGCAGUUUAAAUUUGUAAUCUCAAUUCUCAAAAUACACGAGCUUAUUGAUCGGUGGAGUGGGCUUCUUGUAAUCUCAUAGCCGCACAAUUACGAAGAGAAGAGGGUCUUGCA